GCCGAAAUUUGGUUGUUCAUGUCCGCAUAAAACCGCCAUGCCUGUGCCAAGAAAGGCAUAUGCCGCCAAUGACAACAGUCUCUCUCCGUGGUCGUUUUGUAGAGCAAUUCUUGUGGAUGUCGGUGAGAUAUGCAAUUCUGUCGACUUAAUAUGCAGACCACGAAAUGCGAAAUGCACCUCACGAAGUGGAGAACCGCGUAUCUGCCUCUGCGAGUCGGGGUACUUCCCCGUCUACCAACAAUCUCUUCACUACCAUGAGUGCUUUUUUUUUUCGAACGGUGAAGCAGGUGAAAUGUGCACUGUUGUGUAUGACUGUGGAGCGAAUUCUUCGAGAGAGCAUUAUGAUAAUGGCGUUUCGAUUGAAAUUAAACAGGUUCCAUGCAAGCGCCCACGAAAUCGCGUUGGCCAUAAUUCAGAUAUCUGCGUGGAUUUGAACGGUGACGAAAUACCGGACGAUAAUUUUUGCUCACGAAAUGGCUCCUCCUUCAAUCUUUCUCCAAUUCAACCGGGAAUGCAUGAACCCAGUGAACCAAUGUCCAUCUCUUACUCACAUGACUGGCCAGCGUUGGAUAUUAUCUUGGAGAAAGGCAACGAAUUAAGCGGUCUGGUCGAUCUUGACUCAAGAAAUGGUGAUUCUACUGGAGAGAAUUGUGGAAGCCCGCUUGGCAAGUGCAUUUAUAAUCAGCUUCCAUAUAUAUGUAUAUAUUUUAUCCAAUUUAAUGGGCUAAUGAUAAAUAUCAUAAAGCCUGUCAUUUAA